UACUCAAUAUUGCAGCCGAAAAUGAACAAAAACGUCGCUUCGGCGGUCCAUAAGAACGCCAACGGCGCCAACAAUUGGAUAAAGUUUACGAACGCUUUACCGCCACCCGCCAGUAAUUUAAACAAUGUCGUCGUACAGAAGCAGGAAAAAAAAGAAAUUGAAGUUGUAGCCAUUGACUGCGAAAUGGUCGGCAUACACCCUGACGGACAGGGAAAUAUGUUAGCUCGUGUUUCUAUUGUUAACUCUAAGGGCGAAACUAUUUAUGAUAAGUUUGUCAAGCCCACUGAAAAAGUGACAGAUUAUCGAACGCCGGUAAGUGGCAUUCGACCUGAAGACAUUGAACACGGAGAAUUAUUUGUCAAAGUAAAAAAAGAAGUCACACAAAUACUCAAAAACAAAUUAUUGGUAGGCCAUGCACUGGAACAUGACUUAAGGGUAUUAAGAAUUUCACAUCCCAAACAUAUGAUUAGAGACACCACAACGUAUUGGCAAUUUAAGCAAUUAACAGAAGGUCGAACGCCUGGUCUAAAACGAUUGACGUUACAUUUUCUUGGAGCUAGCAUACAAGAAGGAGAACACAGUUCUGUUCAAGAUGCCAAGGCAGCACUACAGUUAUACAUGUUAGCUAGGAAAGAUUGGGAAUUAUUAUUAAAAAAGAGAAGAAGCCGUCCCAGAAAUGGAAAUAGACCACAUAAUGGAUCACAGGGAAAGCAUAAAUAGUAUAUUUUUCUAUUUAUACUAAUUAAAGUUUUAUUUUGAAUAAUGAUAAGACUGCUUUUAUGAUUAUUAUACUUGUAAAAACAUUUAAAAUGUUGUUUAAUACAUUUUGUUGGUUAAGUAUAUAAUAUUUUGAACUUAUUUCUCUUAAAAUAUAAUUUGUUAUUUCAAUUGAAA